GAGGUCGGCGUCGGGCAUGUGUGUGUGUGUCUGAAGGUAGUUGAGAAAUUUUUUGCAUUUAAGUAAGGUAAAUUUUACCCUUCUUUUAAGUAAAAGAAUGAUUGUCGUAAGAAGAAGGUAUACUAUUUUUAUAUGAAAGAAGAAGUGCUAUGAAACAACGUAAGAAAAAUCCUGAAAGGUAUGGAGCUGAAUAAAAACACUGUACAUUGGCAGAAAUACUAAGAGACAUGGUGGAAGAGGUGGACAGUAAUGCAGAAUGAGUGGUGAUGUACACGAAGUAUCCCUGCCCAGUCGUAGUGAAAGUAAAUUUAAUGAGUCAUCGGCAAGGUCUCCGGCAGAUGGAGAAGAGAAUGAAGUGCAAGCAGAAAGAACAUACAUCAACCACAAGUCAAAGCCCUGUUUUAAGGCAGGUGCUGAGGAUGUUGAUUUAUAUUGUGCUGGUCAGUGGAGUGUGUCUGGGUGUAACAAUAGAAUUCAAAGCAGAAAGCUUGAAACUUCCAGAAAUGGAAAGAAACUCAUGGAAAAUAACUAUGGAAUUGUCUCACCAAGAUACAAGGAUAUUCCAUGUGACAUUGGUGCUCAUUAUGUGGACAGCAACACUAGAUGUAGUGGUGAUGCUACACCCUCAUUCUCAGAAAGUGGCACCCCUACUUACUUGAAGUGGGCUAAAGACCUUCAGUGUGUCUUACAGGACCUGGAUGGAGUGAAUUUGUUUAAAGAAUACCUAUCUCAGGAAAAAUGUGAAGAUAGCCUGGACUUUUGGUUUGCUUGUGAGGGUCUUAAAAAAGCAGAUCCCACAAAUGUGAGCUACAUUCAAUAUAUUAUUAAGUUGAUAUAUAAAAAGUUUAUAAGAUCUAAGCUUGUAGAGAUUAAACCUGAAACUAGAGAAGAUAUAGCUAAUAAAAUUGACAGUAAAAUGGGUCUUGAUCAAACAAUAUUUGAUGAUGCUCAAAGAAACACUGAAGAUAUAAUAAGAGAAACUACGUAUCCAAAUUUUCUGAAAUCUGAACUCUACCUUCAGCAUAUUCAGUUAAUGGAACAAAAGACUCGUACAGCAUCACAGAAACUCUCCGAAAGCUCAGGAUCUUUAAGUGAAAAAAGCAACAGCAGUGACUCUAGACAAGGAUUAGAAAUCUUGCCAACAUUACAUGAAGAUGUUGAACUAAAUGUGGAUCGAAGUUUUGGACCCGUGCCUCUGGCCAGGGAAGCUUUGAAACAGCAACCCAGAUCAAUGGAAAAUGUACCUCAUUAUCGACUUGAAGCUCAGGCUGGGCACUACUUACAUGGAACAAAUAAAGUUCCUAACCCUUACCAUGUGAAGUAUUCCACUGUUCUCCCAACCUCUGCUCAGGACAGCGAACUCCAAAGCCUCUCUUCAGAUGCACUAACUGAUGAUACCCUGUCUUUAACAGAUGGCAGCAGUGUAGAUUGUGGACCUAGUCUGUCAUCAAGGAAUCAGUUAAAGAGACAUCACCGAGCAGUAAAGAAAAGUGCUAGCUUAAACAGGGAUCACUUGGCACAUCAAACCAUAAUACCUCGAACCCAGCGACCUCCUAAAGAGUAUAUGAAUCCAAUGCAAAAAGAAGAAUUUGCAACAAUUUUGACACAAAAAUUGUUACAAGUAAAAAAGGAAAAGGAAGCUCAGGAAAAAAUUGAAGAAGCUUUACAAAAAUUAGAGGUAGAUGAAGAAAAAACAGCAUUAUGGUCCUGUGAUAGCAAUACGAAGAGCUCAGUAAGUAGGUUUGCAGGUCUUCCAUCACAACUUAUAACAGCAGCCAUGAAAGAAAAGCAGACAGUUACAGAAGAAAAUGAUCAAUCAAUUUUGGACCAGCAUGUUUCUAGAGUGUGGAAUGAUUCUGCUCAUCAUACUCCUAGCAGAUCCCCAGGUCGAUUUUCUCCUCCACUGAGACCGCUUUCACCUCAGCUUGAGAGACGAAGGCCUGGAACAUCCGGUAUCAAUCCAUUCAUGUCAAUGAGGAUGUCCACUUCAAGUAUGAGUACAGGAGGAGCAUAUGUCAGUCCUUACCAAUCUGUUCGUUCUUACCACAACAACUUUGAUCACUUAAGAAGAGAUCGAGAUACUUUUUCAAGUGAUAGUGGAACAGUUCAUGAUUUCACUCCAGACAACGAACUCACAAACUAUCCUACUCCUCCCUUCCAUACGUAUAAACAUUUCUACUAUCAUCCAACAACUGGCUCACCUUUAGGAUUGUCUAGAGGGAUUGGAGCAGCACAAGAACAGUUCAGUAUGGCUCCUAUUGAUCAUCAGCAAACCAGGCGUUUCAAGGAAAUGUCUCGAAGAUCAAGUAGCAAGAAGUUGUCAGCCACAGACUCCAGCAGCAGUUGUAUUGAUAGUGGUGUUAGUGUGGCCUGUGAUCCAAUUCCAUCUACCCUACCUUCUAGUGAAAAGGUGUUUCAUUGGAUGAUGGACAAUGAGAAAGAAUCUUCAACAAGACAUAAAAAAUCAGGCCGAUCAUCUUUAUCUUCAACAUCACCAGUACUAGGUCGGCAAGGUCACUCCAAGAAGCCACUGGCCUAUAAUACUUCACGUUCAGGCUUCCUGGAGCGAGGAGGUUCCAUUCCCUGGCCUCUUCCUCUUCCAUUACAAAGCAAUGGAACUUAUUCAAAAUCUCAUCUCCAUACUACAACUCAUCCAUGUCACUGGAGUUUACAACCUACCCAGCCAAUUGCUCUGGAUCUAUCUAUGCCAAUCCUCCCUCAACCUGACACAGCCACACAGCUUCUGGAAGCUAAACGACGGCUAGAAGAUGAGGCACGUUUAAAAUCUAGUAAAACAAAAACAAGCUCUUCAAAAGACAAACAAUUUCACAUGGAGUCAAGUAGGGGCAAGAUUUCUACAAAGAACUUUGAAUCCAUAGAGGAAUCCACUGCCCACAGCACAAGAAAGUCAAGCAAGAAAACCUCAUCAACAGCUUACAUUCCUGGUUCACAUCCUACAUCCUCUGGAGACGUUACUGUUAUUGGAUACUGUUUUUCUGGUGAAUCUGUGCCUUACAGAACAAAACUUCCAGGAAAGAAUGUCACACUAAAACAAUUCAAAGGUCUUCUUAGUAAAAAAGGAAAUUAUAGGUACUUUUUCAAGAAAGAAUGCAAUGAAUUUGGAACUGGGGUGAUAAAUGAAGAAAUAUCGGAUGACAACGAAAUUUUGCCUCUUUGGGAGGGGAAGAUCUUUGCUACUAUUGAAUCAGUAGACUGAUGUAGCAUUUACUUUUGUAUAAAUGUUGAAAACAUUCUGCUUGUUGUUGUUUUUUUUUUCAAGACUUUGACUUUCAUGGAUAAUACCAAAAGAAAUUUGUUCUUAUGUAGAAAAAAACUUCUUACUGAUGCUUCUACUGCUAUGAAACUGUUUUUAUUAUUUCCAGUACUGUUGAUGUUUUACAAAACUAGUAUAAAGAUAUCAUGCCCACUCUGCUGCACAAAAUAUUUGUUCUAUUUCCUGUUACUCACAUGAAGGGAAUUAGAUGUAUUCAUGCUGAAGAAAUUACAUACUUUCAAAUUUUACUUUACCAAAGUCCUUAUUGUGGAAACAUUGACCAUCUGUGUUGUAUUCCUUUUAAGUUUUUGUGGUUGUAAGAUAACAUUCAAAAAAUACAUCAGCUAUGAUAUAUAUUAAUCUUUUUUAAAUAGAAACUCAUUAUUGCAAUGUUCCUAAAGAUUUUUCCUUUAUAUAAAUUGUUAGUUUCAAUUUUCAGCAAAUGAUCAGUAAGAACAUUUUGCUGUAACUGGGAUUCUGUCAUUUGGAAUGUUUAGAUGUUUUGUAUGUAUUUAUUAAAUUAGAUAUUAAUUUUUGGGGUUGGUGUAUUGAAUUUCACUUGAGAUCUACAUGGUUUUGUACAUUGCAGCUAACUCAUCACUUGUGCCAUAGCCUGUUGAUCAAUAUUGUACAGUUUGAAUGUAAUAUUGAACCUAUAUGUAUUAACUUCUCUUUUUAGUUGUAUUUAAAUAUUUCAUUUAAAAGUUCAUACAAAUGGAGUACAAAUAUUAUUAUCAAGUUCAACAGUCUUGUUUACCUUACUUAAAAAAGUGUUAAAAGUUAAAAGAUACAUUUGGUAUCUUCUUAUUCUAUUUUUUAUUGAAAUUUUGCUUCCAUCAUGUUUUAUAUGUAAAGCUGAAAGUAUAGUUUCUGAGAUUCUUUGAAAGAUAAGGUGAAUUUAGUUUCCAUUAGCACAGUGCAGACAGUUUAUUAACAGUUUAGUUCCAUUCAUCUGAUAUGAAUGUUUAGGAUGUUUCAUACCAUGCGAUGAAAGUGCUGUAUAUUGUAUUGUAUAAUACUUAAAAUGCUCAUCAACAUUAUAGGUUCUUAGCAAUGGUGAUUUCUUUUGUAAUGAAAAUCUAAAAUGUGAAGAUUAAUAUAAUGUGUAACAAAUGUCACAUCAAAAGAAAAUUUCUGUAUGCAAAACAGAAACAUGACAUUCAGAAGCUUACAAGUUUCAUUUGCAUUAUAGGGUUGGGCCAUCCUUCAAAUAGUUUUUCUUAAAUUCUGUUUUUUUAUAGUUUAAAAUUAUUAUUAUGUGUUCAGUUUCUUCAAUUCUAAAUAAAGCAAUACUGAUCACGAGUUUAUAGUUAAUGAUAAUUUAUUGUUCUGGUAUCAUUACUAGAAAUGAAAUAAAUAUCUCAUUCAAUUGAAUACUGUAGUGUCUGAUAAAAUCAUAUCUGGUGGGAUAUUGCUUUUAUGAUUAAUCAGAUAGUAUGUCCAUCAAAGAAUUAACUAACAAUAUUAUACAGGUGUGAUACAACACUUGUGUUACGCAUAAUAGGCAUUGUGUCCUUCAGACGACUGAUGCAUUUUCUCUAGUUUUAAACAGUGGGAGAUCUGGUAGUCAUUAUGAAGUUAAACAUCAUGCCUAAAUGCCAGUUGCCAUAGUUGGUCACGGUAGUGACAUUCACAAUCCACACCACAGUCUCAGUGGUGAUCAAGGGCCUAAAGCACUGUCUCACACUGCCACAUUCCCUUAAAAGGCCUGCAAUGGCUACUCAUUCAUGCAGAACUGUACAUCCUUAUUACGUUUCAAAAAACAAACAAGAAAUAAGUAUACUAUAAUGAAAUGGUUAGCUCACAUCUGCAGUGCAUUUUUAAUGUGCCACAUCUACUAUACGAUCAGAUAUCUGGAGCUGGAUAUCCAAUAUUGGACCUAAACUAAUAUAUUUCCCCAUUCCUAGUGAUUUCUAACUAAAGCAGAAAUUGUGAAUGGCAUAUAAUUGAAAUUUAAGGGCACCUUAAGAUUACAUUUGGUGUUUUCAGUUGUCUUUAUUUUGAUUAAUUAUUAUCUUAAGCUAUACAAAAUAAAGUAGCACUGAUCCAGAAUUUACACUUCUGGGAUUGUACCUUUUUAUGCAAAGUUCAAAAUAGUUAUGUUGCUGUUGUUAAAUUUAGUCUGUUUUUUUUCUUCAUUUUAGUAUCAUAUCAAAACAUUCAGUUUUGUUGCUUAUGAUAGUGUAAACUUUUUUGGAGUAUGUCUAUGAUGGAAUUGUCAACCUAUUGGAUAAAGGGUGUAAUUAAUGCAUAGCAUUUAUAUCUUGGUUUAUUUUAUCUUGUGUUAUUACACAUACAUGAAAUGACUAAGCCUACAUAUAAAAAGUUUUCACGGGGAUUUCUUCCAUGUAAGAUGGGAAAAACUGUUGUGAAUGUAUUUCAUUUCUAAAUUUACAAAUACUUCAUUUAAUGAAGUACAUUCUAUUAAUAUUACAUGGUGCCAAAAGCAAAGCUGAUGUUAAGAUUAUUACUUUUUUAAGAAAAUGGUAUAUAUAUAUUUUUCUGGUUCUUAGGGUAUGUCUUUUUCUUGAAAAAAGGUGCACUCAUUAGUACAGGGUUAUGUAAAAAGUGUCAGUUCUGUUGAUAAAACUUUGUAAUCAGUGUAUCAUUAAUAGAAAAAAUAAUAAUUCUGGAGGUAUUUUCUUUUGAAGAUUAUCAUUUUGUGUAUUUUUUUUUCUUGCUAAUUUGUAAUAGUUAAACCUAACUGGUUUAUAAAUUGAUAGUAAUGCAUAGGAAAAGUUUUAUUGAAGUAUUACUGAAAAUCAGAAUAUUUUUAAUUUAUAGUUAAUUUUGUCUUUGUCUGUAGUUUAUGUAUGGUAUCAAAUGAAUUAUUUAUUGAACUCUUGCCAGACCAAAUCAAGUUCAAAAAACAUGCAAAUUGUAAGGUGUUGCCAAGCGAGAGGUAAUUUUUUGCUUGUAAUUAGUGCUGCAUUUUGUGGAACUUCUAGAGGCCUUAAAUGCUACAAUUUGUAAUAAUAUAUCAUUAAGUCUUAAAUGAUAUACUGUAAAAUGGAUUUGUGGCAGCUUGUAUGUAAAUAAUAUUUUUUUGCUACUACUAGAUUUUAUGAUGUGAAAUACAUUUUUGCUUUUUCUAAAACUGUCUGUACAUGUAGUUAUGUGUACACAUCCUUGCUGUAAUAUAUAUAUGCAACUUGGUUUUCACCAAGAUUUUGAGAUUUGUCAGAGCUGCAUUGGUGUUGUGCAGAUUAUAUUUUUUAAUAAAGAAUAUCAUGUAAUCAUUUUUCUUGUAAAUAAACCAUUAAUUUCUUGUUCCAGAAUUUAAAAACCAUACCCUGUUUGUUUCUACCAACAUGCUGGUGUUUUGAAAUAUUUAGUUUGUGGAUGCAGUAAAUUACAAGUAAU